UAAGCGCAUGGGAUUCGGAGAGAUCCUCUGAGAAACAUGCUGACGCUGCGCAGCUGAACGCGCACAGACCAGCAAAACCAGACAUAUACACAGUUCAUACAGUACAGCAGUUCUAGGAGCUAGAGAUCCUGAAUCGAGAGCCUGGUUACACGCGCAGGAUGUGAGCAGGGACAGGUUCAGUUUGCAUCACAAUGCAAAGAGCCGUGUUCCUGUGGAGUGCACAGUGAGGAAUGAGAAGGAGCAGAGUGGAGAAGCAAGGAGUUUGCUGCAGAGCAUGCAUCGGAAGGCAGGAGCGGCAGUGGCAGUGAUUAUGCAGAGCUCAGUGUGCACAUGUUUAGUGAGGAUCAGUGCCGGGUGCAGCGGCUGCGGACAAUAACGGAGCUUUCUGGCUAAUGAAGGCCACCUGGAUCAGGCUUCUGAAACGAGCCAAAGGAGGACGAUUGAAGAAUUCUGACAUCUGUGGUUCGGCGGACUCCUACACCAGCCGUCCAUCUGAUUCUGAUGUUUCUCUUGAGGAAGACAGGGACGCUGUACGAAGAGAAGCACAGCGGCAAGCCCAGGCACAGCUGGAAAAAGCAAAGGCUAAGCAUGUUGCGUUUGCUGUUCGGACCAACGUCAACUACAGCGCAGCCCGUGACGAUGAGGUCCCUGUCCCCAGCAUGGCUGUCUCUUUUGAAGCAAAGGAUUUCCUUCAUGUCAAAGAGAAAUUUAAUAAUGACUGGUGGAUAGGACGUUUGGUUAAAGAAGGUUGUGAAAUAGGCUUCAUCCCAAGCCCGGUGAAACUGGAGAACAUGCGAAUACAGCACGAGCAGCGGGCGAAAGGGAAAUUCUACUCAAGUAAAUCAGGAGGAAACUCAUCUGCCAGUUUAGGUGAUGUAGCUAGUUCCAGAAAAUCUACUCCACUGGCAUCUGAUACUGAUAUAGAUGCCACUGGCUUAGAUGCGGAAGACAUUGAGAGCUCAACCAACCACCGCUCCCCUAAAACAAGUCCAAACAAUGUAACGUCCCCCCUAUCCAAAGAGAAAAGAAUGCCCUUCUUUAAGAAGGUAAAGACAGAACACAUCCCUCCGUACGAUGUAGUGCCUUCUAUGCGACCUGUAGUUUUAGUGGGGCCUUCUUUGAAAGGAUAUGAGGUGACGGACAUGAUGCAGAAAGCACUGUUUGACUUUUUAAAACACAGAUUCGAAGGACGAAUAUCAAUCACACGGGUCACAGCCGACAUCUCACUUGCCAAACGCUCAGUAUUAAACAAUCCCAGUAAACAUGCAAUAAUCGAGCGCUCCAACACAAGGUCCAGUUUAGAUGCUUUGGCUGAAGUACAAAGUGAAAUUGAACGAAUCUUUGAACUAGCAAGAACCCUGCAGCUGGUAGUGCUGGACGCUGACACUAUCAACCAUCCAACUCAGCUGGGAAAAACUUCACUUGCGCCAAUCAUUGUUUAUGUAAAGAUUUCAUCUCCAAAGGUUUUACAGAGGUUAAUAAAAUCCCGAGGGAAAUCACAGGCAAAGCACUUGAAUGUCCAGAUGGUAGCAGCUGACAAACUGGCCCAGUGUCCUCAAGACAUGUUUGAUGUCAUUCUGGACGAGAAUCAGCUGGAAGAUGCCUGUGAACACAUGGCUGACUAUUUGGAAGCCUACUGGAAGUCAACGCAUCCCCCAAGCAGCAACCCUCCGAACCCUCUCCUGAGCUGCACACUAGCCACAGCAGCCCUGCCAGCCAGCCCUGUGCCCGUUUCCAACUUCCAGGGCUCCCAGGGAGAACAGAAAAUCGCGAAGUCUGCGCCUGAACGGACCGGUUCCCGAGAACAGGAGGAGGAGGAGCCCCGAACUGAGACUACGAAGAAAUCACAGCAUCGCUCCUCCUCCUCGGCCACCACACAGCACCAUACCCACCACCGGCACCACCGGAGCGGAGGCGGGACAGGCAGCCGGGGCCUUGCCUACCAGGAGACCUUUGAUGCGGAGAAGCAGGAUAGCAGGGACUCAGCCUACAUGGAGCCCAAGGAGGAGUUCACAGAGGAACAGGAUGAGCAUUACGAUUCCCACAGGGAACACAAUCACAGGGACGGGGGCGGCGGGGGUGAACACAGGCACCGAGAGUCACGGCACCGGUCCAAGGAGCGUGACCGGGAACAGGAUCACAACGAGCGCAACAAACAGCGCAGCCGGCACAAAUCCAGAGACUGCUUCAGCGAAAGGGACAGUGAAGUCAUAUCCAAAAAACGGAAUGAUGUCGCUGAAUGGAACCAGGAUGUGUACAUUCACCAGUAACUUUUGCCGACUCGGCUACAGCCCUCCACCCACCACUGUUCCCCACCAUCACACCCUUGACUCCCAAACCUACCCUUUCUUUGUGUUCCUUUUAAAUUGACAAAGAGUAAAAGAGUUUUGUGUAACAUUCGUACCUCCGGUUGACCCUACUUUCUAGUCUACAUGGCAAACCUUGCUAAUGUGAGACUACUUUGUACAGCUGUUGCUAAUACAGCAGCAGUGUUGUUAUAGAAAGAAAUAAGAUGCAUACAUAUUUUUCAUUUGUGCUCUAUUUAAAUGAGCAUGGUACAAUUUCAGACACCCCAGUGUUGUGCUGUGCUUCUUGAGGGAAUUGUUUGGUACCUGCCACUUGAACAAUAUAUAGUACAAUCAAACUACUGUUAAGAGUUUUUAAUCAAAAAUAUACAUGAGGUUAAAAUCUCCUUUGUUUUCAGCAACCUGGGAUUAGCAUUGUAAUGCAUUAUUUUUUAUGUUUUAAAUUUUUUGCAUGCUAAUAAUUGAAAGGUUAUGAAUUAUACGUACCUCUUUUGGGACUUAACUUGGUCUUGCCUUACAAGACAAAGGAAUAGUAACACAAUGUUCUGAUGCUGUCUUAAAAAGAAGUAUCAUACUGUUUGUAUUUAGACACUUUAUACCAAGUUGGACUUGUCCAAAGUGAUUUUAGUGCUUUUAAGUUGACAAAGGGUAAAUAACCCCUCACAUGGAUUUGCAGUGGUAAACAUGGUCAAGUAUGUACUGGUAUAGUUUCUAUUUUAAUUGCAUAAUUAAAAUAGAUUUGAACACAUAGAUUCAGCGAGUGUGAAUUCAGUUUUAAUUCUUAUAGAGCCCUCUCUAAUUUAAGCAGAUUAUCAAUUCUAAUAAGUCAAACCAUUUCAAAGUGCUGCAUACGUUUUAGUUACCAUUAAAUCAUCAGCCUGUUAGUUAUAUUCAGUCUACGUUUAAAUGUGUUAUGGAUAUGUGUUUUGUUGUUGUUCUAUUCUAAUUUUAUUUGGAGUUGUCUAGAUUUACAUUUAGUGUUAUGCUAGUUCCCAUUUUAUUCUGCACUAAAAUUGAUUUUAAAGUAGACUGAAUAUACAUUUUUUCUAAAUGUGAAAUCAUUUUCAUUUCAAUCAAAUUCAUUUUUUUUUUUUUUUUUUUUUGGAAGUGAAAAAUUAAGUUACCUCUGCCAUUAGUCUUUAAACUGCUUUCUCUUUGUUGUUUUGUGAAUAAAACUGUCACAUUAAAAAGCAUUUUUCAAGCUUCUAAAACAUUGCUUAACUGUGCUGGGUACUGAAUAAGCACGUGGUUGAUUUAUUAUUAUUAUUAUUAUUAUUAUUUUCCAAAAAAUAUUUGUAAGCAUUUGUAUAUACUUCAGAAUUGCCUUUGUAGAUAUUGACAGUAUGUGAGCAUAUGAACCUGUUGCACUGUUAAAUGGAUUUUAUUUAUUUAUUUAACUGUACAAAUGGUGGCUAUUAUGUACAUGUUGAUUUUAACAUGUAUGACUCUCAUUGCAUCAACAUGAACUGUGUUCCAAUGCUUUUGCUAUACAACAAAGAUAUUUGAAUCAUUUCAACUGGGAUAGGUUAAUGUUCUUCCUGUUUUAGCAUCUUUGCAGACAGUAUACAUUUGGCAUGAUCAAUGAGUUUUUCUGGCUUUUGUUUUCAACCUUUUUUCUGCUUGGAGACUAAAUGCACAAUUCACUCACUGAUAUAAUUUCACAUAGACUUCUUUUAUGUGUUUAAAAGGUCUCAAGUGGCUAUUUAAAGAAUGUACAUUGAACAUAUGUGUAAAAAUAAAAAAUAAACUUCAGAACAAAGAAACAAAAACGACAGUGUUUUUAAAACUGCAAGCCAAAAGCACACACUAGUUUUUCCCAAUAGACUGGCCAUUAGAACCUAAAAUCACAAUAUUGAAUACUAGUGUAUCCACUUGUUCUGACAGUGGAAUGGCCUAAGCACUGUUAAAACAGGAUACACUACACCAGUGAUUGCAGUUUAAGUUAUUUCAGGGUGGGUUAUUUAGAGAACAGGCAGAAUGGUAAUCUGAUUUUGUUCAGACCUUUAAAUGGUGUAAAUGUUGCACAACGCUUGCUGAUCUCCUAAGUGAUGAUGUUUAAGCACUAUAAUUUGAAGUGCUGUGGCUCACAAUGUUCAUGCAAGGGACAUAGCUUCUCGUUUAACAAAAACUGAAUGAUAAUAACCUAACAUUUCCUUUCAAGUACCAAAUGUAACUAUUACCGUAUGGGUGAGUGUAUCAAGGGCAAUAUUGCAGAACAACUGGAAUGCUGCAAGGUGAAGCCAAGAGGCUGCCUUGUGCAUUACCAUAUUGCUGGGCAAAAACAAUUGAGGGAUAAACUCCCAUCUGUGCCUGUGUUGUAAGGGUAACAUUUUGUCCUGUCAACGUAG